CGCACGCACAUCCGACCCCCCCCAAACCCCACCCCAAUGGGCCCUCUACAUCCCCGGCGUGAUUGGAUGACCGGGGUCGAGCAGCCCGCGUCUAUAAAGCUGCUUGCGAACGCUGCGGUGGCCAAACCUUGACUUACAAACAUCAUCUCUCAUCUCUCUCAUCUCUCUCGUCGGCCUCGACCAACUUUUGGCAUUGUUGUGUUCGGGGUGGGGGGGGUUAGUUUUGUUUUCUUCACAACUCGCCGUGUCACUUAACUCGCGCUCGCUGGAUCCCUGCUGAUGCUGAUCCUCCUGCGGAUUCUCAAAGUCGUAGCUCGCCGUUCCGUUUUGUUGGCCCGGCGACUGCUAAAGUCUGACUUAACGAACAAAAACAACAACAAAACCCUCUCAAUACUAACCUCACCGCAACGCAGUUAAUUGAUCGCCAUGGGUCUGGAGGUGUACGUGGACCUGAUGUCGCAGCCGUGCAGAGCUCUCGUGAUCUUCCUCAAGAAGAACAACAUCCCCUUCGUCCAGAAGACUGUGGAGCUCGCCAAAGGUCAGAAUUACUCCGAGGAGUUCCUCGCCGUGAACUCGUUGGCCAAGGUGCCAGCGAUCCUGGACGAUGGCUUCGCACUUGCAGAGUGCGUGGCCAUCCUGCGUUACCUGCUGGCGCGCUACUCCUCGCUCGUGCCCGACCACUGGUACCCGGCGGACGUCCAGCAGCGGGCACGCGUGGACGAGUACCUGUCAUGGCAGCACACGAGUGUGCGCCCGCACGCCGCCAAGGUCUUCUGGCUGGAGGUGCUGAUCCCGAUAUACACGAGGGAGCCGGUUGAGCCCGAGAAGGUCAAAGAGGCCCUGGAGGACCUGGAGAAUACACUCGUCGCCAUGCAGCGCAAGUUCCUGAAGGACCAGCCCUUCCUGUGCGGCCAGGAGAUCUCGGUGGCCGAUAUCUUGGCACUCUGCGAGCUCAUGCAGCCAGUCGCGUGCGGCCACGACCCCUUGGCACCACACCCACUUCUGGUGGCCUGGCGUGCCCGCACCGAGGAGGUACUGGGAGCCGACCUGCUGGCCGAGGUGAACGCGUGCAUCAUGGGAGCCCACGACAAGCUCAAGAACUAUUUGCACCCGCAAGGCGAAGGCACGUUGGCGGUGCCUCCGGCCAUCAAGUACCUGCAGAAGCUCACGAGAUGAGCGAGCGGCAAGUUGCCACGACGCUCAGCCCUGCCGUCCGCAAUGCUCACCAUCUUGCAUCAAUGCAAAACAUCCUGGGGAUGAGUUCUAGGCAUGUAACGAUUCAUUGAGUUGUCAUAAUGCGGCAUCACGAUUCGACAGCCGAUGCUUGUUUUUGCCUCCCUGGCCUUUUUGGGUUGUACAUGUGUUGUUCGUCACGAAGUCGGACGUCUCAAUCCAUGUGCUUGAGGUUUUUCAGGAACUGAACUGUGCUUCUCACUUUCUCAAUUAUAGUAUUGUCGGCUGCUGCUGCUGCCGGCAUUCUCAAUUAUUGGCAAUGUAAGCUCAGCUCUCUGAUGUAAUCCAAAUCACGUUGCGUUUUACAUUUGUUUUGUAUCGUUUGUAUUGUCUGCCUCAAAAAUUAUUUAGACCCACUUUUAUCAGGAACGUAAGAAUCAACUUCAAUCGAUAAAUCGUUACAUGGCUACCAAAAACACACCUUACUCCAUAUCAGUCACCAGGCUAUAUACUGUUGGGCUUUAAAAUGUAGAAAAUACUUAGUUAGAUGUGCUACAUCAUAGUUUGUGUAAAUCAUGUGAAAACAUGUAUUUCAGUAGUCCUUGAGCUACGUGUGUGUUAAAAUAAUGUUUAUUCACACUGGAACACAAGUUAUACUUUUAAAAAACGUGUUCGUCUUUUUCCAUGCUUAUAUCCUGACCAUGUUAUGAGAUGAAUAAUCCAUUGUUGAUGUCUCCCAGGGCAGUGAAACCCUUUAUGUUGAGAGAACAGCCCAUGGAAGUGGAUAUCACAGAUCGACCACUUAAAGAUCCCUUCAAGUGACCACUGGUCUACAGGGUAGAGGGCAGCACUCUGCCAGCCACUCUGCCACUGAGAGUAAUACGUCAGACAGCAGUAAAACAGAUUAAUUUUCAAUUUUCAGAGCUCGAAUUUAGUCAAACUGCGCGUAACCAAACUUUACGUGAUGGAAUUUUUGCGUAGGUGUUGGCAACCAGCAUAUGACUGUCAACUCGAUGCACGUGAGAACCUCGCUCCAUCACAAGUGGCUGCCUAGAUUCGACUACCAGAACUCAACGGUACCAGAUCAGGGUUCUAAUUGAUGAGCUACCGGUCCACCUCAGGAAAACUAUUUACACUCAACACGAUUACAGCAUCAUUUUUUGUAUCAUUAUUGUUCAUGUAGCACUGUGCACAAUAGCCCAUAACUGUGAAGGCCCAUGUAAUAAAGCUGUCAACGUUAUAGUAAUCUUUUAUUAUAUGAUGGAUUUCAUAAGUAUUAUAAUAAUUAGAAAUCCAAGUUCUUGUAA